AUGGGCGACUUACCUGCAUCAAGAAGCAAUCCAUCUCGUCCUUUUGAACACACUGGCGUAGACUUCACAGGCCACGUAUUCCUCAAGGCCAACAAGGGCCGUGGUAUCAAGACUACUAAAGGAUACGUUUGCGUGUUUGUCUGCAUGGCCACCAAAGCCGUGCAUCUCGAACUGGUAUCGGACAUGACAGCAUCAGCUUUCUUAGCGGCGUUGCGCAGAAUGGCGGCUCGAAGAGGUACUCCCUUACAUAUUUACAGCGAUAAUGGAAGAAACUUCCUUAAAGCAAGCAAGACACUCCAGGAAGAAUACCUCGAAAUCCAGAACAUCGUGAAUCCAGAGUGUCUAGGUGCGAUAUCCGACAUGGGAAUCUCCUGGCACUUCAAUGCACCGGCAUGGCCAACAGCCGGAGGCUUGUGGGAAAGCUGCGUCAAAGCAUUCAAAUACCAUCUAAAACGGGUCAUCGGAGAUCAAAAACUUACUUAUGAAGAAUUCAGCAGUUUAUAA